ACGGUGGAUGAAAAGUGGAAACUCUUGCGGUAAAGACUUCCUGGAGACCGGAAGGGCAACUUUAAUAAGCUCAUUGUUUACUAUAUCAAGUCUAGUAAGCUAAGUGUCGCGCAGACGGAUGGUAAACCUAAAUCUGAUGAAGUUUUUAUUUUUAGCGUUGGCAGCUUUGGACAACGGUGCGUCGUUUAUUUCUCAUACUUAUGGCGGCGAGCGACUCAACAUGGUGCCUGUUUUGUUUAUUUUCCCUUCUCUUGUAAUUUGCAAAGUUUAGGAAUUUCGAAUCGAUUUCGCUCGUCAGGCUCAUCGUCGUUUGAUUCUCUGAUCAUAAGUCGUCGUGAGGUGUCCAAAAAGUUCAGGUGGAAUGUCUUGCAUAGAACUGCUUGUCGAUGGUGUGAACCAUUGCUUCUCACUUGACACUGAAGCAUCAGAAUCUACCUUCCCGGAGCACCUAGUGCCUUUAGGAUGCCUCGUCCAAAAAGGGAAGCCUGGCAUUGGCUCCUACAGAGCUUUGCUUGAGUCAUCAGAUGUGGACUUUAGUGUGCUUUGCAUGCUGACUGUCACCAAGGAAUGCUCUCCAGUGCUCGGCAGCAAUUUUCUGGACAAGGUGCAGUCAAGAAGAAACAAUAAGUACCUUGAGGUGACCAACGCAAAAGGUGUCACAGUGCAGUUGCCACUUCUUGUAAAGAAAGAACCUAAGGAUAAUAGCAUUUCUUCUCCUAGUCAGCCCCCUAGUGGAGUUGCAAGCAAUUCAACUUCAAAUGGUGGACGGCGCAAAGCCAGGACUCUUUUGACUGCCAGGAUUGUCGUGUUUUUCCACUUCGAGACAACAGGCUUUGGAGAAGAUGCAGAGAUUAUUCAAAUUGCCGCUAGUUGCCACAACAAGACAUUUAAUGCGUACAUCUUACCAGAUGGUGACAUUCAUCCAAAGGCCAUGGAGCGGAAUGGCUUCUUGAAGGCUGGAGACUGGUUGUUCCUGCGAGGGCAGGUGGUGUACACGACUCCAAGAAUGGAUGCUGUGGAGAAGUUCCUCGCUUUCCUGCGCAGUGUGGGAGGCAACACCGUCCUGGCGGCCCACAACGCCAUGCCCUUCCACGCGCCUCUCCUCUCGACGCUGCUCGCCUCUCUGGGCUUCACCAAGCAAUUUGAGGCGCAGGUGCGAGGCCUGGCUGACACACUGCCUCUGUUCCGGAAAGCACUCCCAGGCCGUCAAGCUGCAGGGAAGACUUACAGCCUAGAUGACCUUGCUGCAGACCUACUUGAAGGGUCGAAUCAGUUCCAUGACGCAGAGGAGAGUGUUUCAUCACUAGAGAAGCUGAUUAAGAAAGCUGGCAUUGGAUAUGAGGGAGUUAUAGAAUCAGCAAAACCUCUAGUCGAGUUUAUCUAUUGAAGCAAAGUGUGUACGUUUUUCACUUUCUUUAAGGACUACUUUUGCCAUCUUUUGACUGUGACAACUAUUUCAAUGAAAUGAUAUUAAUUAAGGUAAUCAAGUUUCCACUAAUCAUGUACAAAUUUUCAUCUCAUUAAAGAGUCUUGUCCCCUGAGUUAGUUCAAUUGAACAUGUACCUGUGAUUCUUAAUGAGUGGAAUUAACACUCCUUGAAUCUACUUUAAAGGGUCUCUUUAGUUUGCCUAAUCAAAUGGGAGCAUUUUAUGUUUAUCAAUUGGGACACUGUACUUGUUCUCAGAUCAAAUACUAUGUUAAGUUUACUGCAUGGACCAAAACACAUUUUUAUUGACAUAAGGUUUGCAUUGUAGUUUCGUUGUCAUUGUUUUUGUUCGUUUACGGGUCUAUGUAUUGUUAUAUUAUUUCUGGCAUGUGUACUUACAAUAAAGUCCUUGUCUAAAAAAUA